AUGGGGCGCCUGAGAACCGCGUUCACGCGGGUGGGAGGACGGAUGAAGACAGGCGUCGAGACGCAGGGCUUGCAGGACGAUCGGAGCGUGGGCGCGGGCUCGGGCGCGCCCUACGCGAAUAGGGGGAGUCAGCGGGACUCGCUCGCCGCCGCGGGCCUCGAGCCCGAGGCGGACGGGCCUGGGGGGCUGACGGUCCGACCGCCGAACGAGUUCGGGGGGCGCUCGGCCUUCAUCUCUCUCGCCACAGGGGUCGUGAUGGGCGAGGAGAACUGUCCCAGGCGUCGGAUCGUCGCGGCGGACGCGACGCGGGCGGAAGAGGAGAUCCCACGGGUCUACCCCUCGCGCGCGAUGCGCGGCCUCGAGUCGGGCCUUUCGCUGCUGGCUGUCUCGCCCUCGCAGGCCGGCGAGAAGCGCGCCAACUUGAGCACCAAGUUCUCCACUCUGGAGAACCCCGUCGCGCGCCGCGACACAGCCGGCGAGCCCGUGGGACGCCUGGCCUCCAGGCCGCCGGGCGCGCAGAACGGAGACGCGGCGCUCCGCGUGCGGUCUUUUUCGCUCGACGAGGAGCCCGACCGCACGCUGUCCAUAAAGAUCCGCGGAGUCGACGAGGCCGAACUGCUCGGCGACGCGCCCGCGGCUCCAGGCCCCGCUGCGCCUGCCCCCCCCAGCCCCGACGCAGGCCGUGCCGCCAGUCUGGACGCGCCCGGCGCCAGAAAAGGCUGCCCAGCGGGCGGCGAGGGAAGGGACGAAGCCUGCACCGACGAGGGCGCCUCGCCGGGCUUCCACCGCGGCGUCGGCAAACUCGAGGCGCUCUACAUCAAGCUCUGCAAACACCCUGUUUACAAGUUCUUCUCGGAAGAGGACCGCCGCUACUUCGACAUGGCGGUGACUGGGAUUCCGUGCUACUUCUCGUCGAAGAACCUGGAGCGCGCAUACACUUUCUACAGUUGUCCAGCGCCCUCGAACUACCUGAUCCUCUUCCACAUCGGCUGGAUGCUGACCAUGCUGCUGAUCUACAUCGUGUGUGUGGCGACGCGCUCCCAAGCGGCGAGUAGCCGGCGCAUGGCUCUCCCCUUUGUCGUCGCCUGGGUCAUUUCGUCCUUCAGCGUCUUCGUGGUGUUUCUCUGGAAGCAGACCGGAGGCGCGGCGGCGGAACGCUUCAACCGCAGGGAAAAGGCUCUCAUCAAAGCCGACGAAGUGGGCGCCGUCCCCAUGUACGAAGCCUUCCACUGGCGCCCCUGCUUCACCGAGGAUUUUGGUGCCGCCUCCAUCGCCCUGACCCUGAUCAUACCGAUGAUUCUCUCGUCGACUGUGGCAGCCUGCAUCGGCGCGAAUCCCUCCAUCAUUCUCGACUAUCCAGACGCACAAGCGCGCCUCGUGCCUGUGCUGCUGGACACGCAGUAUGGUCUCGCAGGUUUCCUCGCGUCUCAGGCUUCGCUAGCGACCAUCGUUCUCUUCACCGCCGUCGCAAUCACGUCGUCGGGAAUCAGACUCCGGAAGAUUUUGUACGUAGCCGCGGCCAUCAUGGUGUGCAUCAUGGUCUUCCUCAUCUGCCUCGUCUGUGCGUAUGAAGACCGCGCGCUAAUCGUUCCACCUAUCUUUGUCACGUACUUCGUGAUUCCCGCGUGCCUCUACUGUACCAUGAGGCUGGAGCGCCUCCGCCGUUUCCUCUUCUUCCAGCGCGAGCGCGCGAGGUUCGGGCAAGACGUCGGCGCAGAGGCCACGGGCGCAUCGGGCUCGGCGACGCUCGUUGAGGAGCUGAUUCUGUUGAUCAACGAGGCAGGUUUAAAAAUUCGUUGCGCUCGCAAGAAAAUGAAAUACAAAAAGUGCACGGACCUGGUGGAGUCUGAAGGGAUGCUCAUCAGGUGUCUGAUGAUUCUGACGGCUGGCGACGAUUUGUUUGCGCUCCGCCUGGAUCGAGAGGGGAACGAGGAUGAAGAGCUGCGCGAGAACCUAAUGGAUUUCAUCGGCGCCCGCUGCGUGGGCGACGUUCCUGCCUCGCGGGGCCUCGUCAGCACUGGCCAGCUAACGCUCUCCGUCUCCGCAGUCUCCGAAGACGAUGACGACCUCUUGGGCGAACUUGCCGGCAAGCCGUCAGACGCACAGGAAAUGACGAGUUUCUACGCCGAGUGUCCUGAAGACUUGUGGGGGAUUGUCGACCUGCGCGACUCGACCGAAACGCCUCCAGCGGGCGAGGGCCGCGACACGGCCUCCAAGAAAAAGUCCCAUUCUAGAGAAGCUAACAUCCUUUUCUCGCACUUCCCCAAGUUUCCGACGGCGCGCCUGCACGUCAUGCUUUCGAGUAAAGUCAGCAUCGACUGGAAUCUCAGCAUGAUUGAGGUUGAUCAACAAUGCAAGGGCUGGUGUCUCUACUGCGUUGGGAGUGACCUGCUGUUCUGCAAGGUUCAAGGAUUUGAGUGUGACAGACGCACAAUUCAAAACUUUAUGCAAGUCGCGCAGAUGUGCUACCAACCGACGAUUUACCACAAUCACCUUCACGGCGCCCAGGUCGCGCACAACACUGUCUGGCUGGCGAGAAAGCUCGACCUCGCGUACAGCCUCACAGCCCCCGACCUAGUCGCGCUGAUCGUCGCGGCGCUGUGUCACGACAUCGGUCACCAGGGCAGAAACAACGCCUACUACGUUGGAGCCCGGUCUCCCUUGAGUAUCAUCUACAACGACCAAGCUGUUCUAGAGAACUUCCACGCGUGUUUGACGUUCAAGAUUCUUGGAAGGCAGGAGUGCAAUCUGUUUGGGAAUCUGCCGCCCGAGGAGUAUCAAGCUGUCCGCAAUCGGAUGAUUGACUUGAUUCUCGCGACCGACAUGAAGAUGCACUUUGAGACAAUUUCCAAGUUCCGCCUUCGACGCAACUCGCCGGAGUUCUGCAGGAGAAACGAAGAGGAUGUCUGGAUGAUGCUGAGGAUGUGCAUCAAGGGUGGCGACGUGAGUCACGGAGUGCUUCCGUGGGAGAGUCACGUGAGUUGGUCGUACCGAGCGGCCUCAGAGUUCUACGAGCAGGGCGACCUCGAGCUCCGUCAAGGCCGGACCAUUACGCCGAUGUUCGAUCGGAAGAAGCAUGCAGAUUUUCCCAAGGGUCAAGAGGGCUUCUUGAAGUUCAUUGUGAUUCCGCUUUACGAAGAGAUCGCAGCAGUUGACGCGUCUAAUGAGCUGCAAGGCCGGGUUCUACAGAAUGCAUUUGCGAACACGGAGCGGUGGCGCCAGCUGCAGACUUCGCCGGAGGAGUUUGAGGAGAUCGAUGCGAAGCAGCAGGCGGUGCUGUCGGUCCUGAAAGACCGGCUGGAGUGGAGACUGCAGAAGAAUUUUGCACCGACACAGAGCAUCUUGCGCGCGGCCUCGCACUUGAGCAGACCGGGCUCGAGCGGAAACGGUCUCCACUUCUUGCCAGUCGGGGCGGACGGAGCUGGCGGCGACGGCAAACACAGUCACCACCAGCGCGGAUCGAACGCGGCCCCCGGGGCAGGGACAGCUGCGCCGGCGGCGAGCAGCGACGUGCCGGCAGCCGGAAAGGCAGCGGGCGAGGGCGACGACGGCGACGCCUCGCCCGUCGCUCAACACAAACGCGACGGCAGCGUCUUCAGCGUCGCGGUCUCUGCGGUGAAAGGCACUGUGCAUGCAGUCGCGAACAAGGCGGUAGACGUGGUCACGCCGGGCUCCGGGAGCGCGCAGAAACGCGCUGAAAAGGAGCUGGCGGCGGCGGCGCCUACCCCCCGCGCGGAAGACGUGCCUGUGAUGGUGCCCGCGCCGGCAGAAGGCAGGUUCGCGGCGGCAGCGCCGCAAGAGACGGCGCCAGCCGGUCAAGAGACGAACCCCGAGCAAGGACCAAGUGGCGUGUCGCACGACAGUGGCUCCAAAACGCUGGACUUCGAGUCCAGAGUAUCGUAA